UGUUGCACACUGGCCCCUUGUGUUAUUGUUUUUGUGAACUUUUUUGUUUUAUUGCGGUUAACUACAGGUUUUAUACAAUAGCCCCACAAUAUCUGGCAGGAUAUAAAUAGAGCGGAUUUCGCAGGCGGGUUGGACUAACAUGAUAAGCCGCCUAGCGCGUGCCAGCGAGUGUUUUAUACAUAAGAGCGCGAUUUUGAUUUGCCAUUGCCAUUGUUGUUUGUUACGCCUCCUACCACAAACCCACAAACAAAAAAAAUACAUAAAACCUUGCCAAAACGUUGUUGUUAUGUAAAUUCACGGAAGCAGAACGUUGGACACAAAGGCACAACCAUCAUCUGCAUCCGGAAUCCGCCAUAAUCUGCGUGCUCCCCUUUGGGACACAAAGCGAAAGGUCGGAGCACCCGCAAGCAUCACGCGAUUGUGAAAGUUUCACCUGCCCAGAAUCACCCCUGCUCGGAAAUGGCCGCCAAGGCCGAUGAAUCCUCGCCAGCAGUCACUCCCGGUGGCAGUAGUAGUCCCAGUCCCGUGCCCUCCAGUGGACGUCACCAGCUGCGGCCCGUGAAGUUCGACUAUGCGGACUCCUUUGCCUGCACCUACGUCGUGUCCGUGGUGGCCGCCUCCAUCGCAGAACUGGCCACCUAUCCCUUGGAUCUGACCAAGACGCGUCUACAAAUCCAGGGCGAAGGAACCGCGCACCCCGCCGGAAAGUCCAAUAUGCAAUACCGCGGCAUGGUGGCCACCGCCUUCGGGAUUGCGCGCGAGGAGGGCGCCCUGAAGCUGUGGCAGGGCGUGACGCCAGCGCUCUACCGACACGUCGUCUAUAGCGGAGUGAGGAUCUGCAGCUACGACCUGAUGCGCAAGGAGUUCACCCAGAACGGCAGCCAGGCGCUGCCCGUUUGGAAGUCGGCGCUAUGUGGCGUCACCGCCGGAGCCGUUGCCCAGUGGCUGGCCUCGCCCGCUGACCUGGUUAAGGUGCAGAUCCAGAUGGAGGGCCGGCGACGGCUGAUGGGCGAGCCGCCAAGGGUCCACUCCGCUGGCCACGCCUUCCGGGAGAUCGUCCACCGGGGCGGAGUGAAGGGCCUGUGGAAGGGGAGCAUCCCAAAUGUGCAGCGAGCGGCGCUGGUAAACCUGGGCGACUUAACCACGUACGACACCAUCAAGCACCUGAUCAUGGACCGUCUGCAGAUGCCCGACUGCCAUACGGUCCACGUGCUGGCCUCGGUAUGCGCAGGAUUCGUGGCGGCGAUCAUGGGCACGCCAGCGGAUGUGGUGAAGACGCGGAUCAUGAACCAACCCACUGAUGAGCAUGGGCGGGGCCUGCUGUAUCGCGGAUCCGUGGACUGUCUGCGUCAGACGGUGGGCAAGGAGGGAUUUGUGGCGCUUUACAAGGGAUUCCUGCCCUGCUGGAUUCGAAUGGCACCGUGGUCACUCACCUUUUGGCUGUCCUUCGAACAGAUACGCAAGAUGAUCGGCGCUUCUGGCUACUAAGCGUUGCCUCAAUCUAUGUUUAGGUGUAGAUGUACAUACUGGAUGAUGUAUAGUGCAGUUCGUUCAUUGCCCCGCCUCAAAGUUGGUCCUGACCCUCUUUCCCGUGCCUGAAUACCUUAAAGCCAGGAUGUUGUGCGACUCCUGGCAAAGCUUAGCAAAUGCUCUGCUCUGUCCAAUUUUAGUCUGUUAUGCCAGAGGGUUUUUCCUACUCAGAUCUUUCGGGUUUCUUUUUCCUAUAUUUUGUUAUUGUUGUUGCCUUAAGAAAAUCAAAAACCUUACAAUAAAGCGAGAAACUUGUUAUUUCAAAAAA